UAUAAAUCAAAACCUCCAAACCAAAAACCCAAAGAAAACAGAGAGAGAGAGAGAGAGAGAGAGAGGAGAAUGGCGAGCGAGGAAGAGAGUGCGGUUAAGGAGCCGUUGGAUUUGAUAAGGCUCAGCCUCGACGAGCGCAUCUACGUCAAGCUCCGAUCCGACCGUGAGCUCCGCGGCAAGCUCCAUGCUUAUGAUCAGCAUUUAAAUAUGAUUCUUGGUGAUGUUGAAGAAAUCGUUACUACUGUAGAAAUUGAUGAUGAAACAUAUGAAGAGAUUGUUAGGACUACAAGGCGCACAGUUCCUUUUCUCUUUGUUAGAGGAGAUGGUGUUAUUCUUGUUUCACCUCCUUUAAGAACAGCUUGACUUUGGCUUACUCUUUUAGUAAUUGUGACCUGAGCUGAACUCUGUCUAUGUAAUAUUAGUUUUUAUAUUGGUGAAUGAACGGAUUUCUUGGUGUCAAGUAUUUUAAAUGAGUAGUUCAACUGUACUUAUGAGAUGGCUGAGUGAAUGAAAUUUCUUGAGCUACCCUUCUAGCU